CUUUGGAAUAAACGCGGCGGAUAUAAUAAAUGGAUUCGCAGGCUUCAACAACAAUAUGGAGAUGUUUUUGAAGUCUGGUUAAGUAAUAAACGCAAGAUCUAUUUAUGUCGCAUAGAAUAUUUGGACAAGUUACUUUCAUCUUCUACAAAAACCAAAUGGUUAUCUCGUAUGGGAGCGAACGAAGGUCUUCACGAACUCGGAAUGAACCAGCGAGGAAUAUUAGCAAACGAUAAUCUCGAUAGUUGGAAAUUCAAUCGACAUUUUUUUAGUCAAGCUAUGCUUACUCCUAGUUUUAAUAUUAAAGCCAUUGAUGCUACUAAUAAAAUGUGGAAAGAGAUGGAACAAUAUUGGAACACACUUGGUAAUGAUUAUCAGAUUGAAUUGUCUGAAUGGAUGCAACGAUUUACUAUUGAUAUGAUUAUUGAAAUUACUACCGGAAAAAGGGCUUAUACAUUGCCUGUGUACUUUAAUACAUUUACCACAAAAAAAAUUAUUGAUAUUCCACCAGCCAUAUUAGAUGAUUCUGAAUAUUUUAUCCAUAAUAUGCAAAAGUAUGUUUCAGCUUUCACCACAUUUGCCAUUUUUCCUUAUUACAUUAGACAUUAUUUGCCAGUACUUAAAAAUUUUACUAAGAUUGGAAUAGAAAGUCGUGAUAAUAUUCAUGGAAAAAUUAUGGAAAUUAUUAAAAAUAGGAGAAAAGAGAUUGAAGAAAAAAAUGAUGUG